CACAAAACACUCCUUUUAAUAUUCGCUGCGAUUCCUCAUCUCUGUUUCACGUCUUAUUUACCUCGAGAAGUUGGGACCCGUGAGCUAUUUUGUUUGAAUUUUGUGAAACAAAACAUGGUGCAAUGCAUAAACUUUAAACGCAAGAUCGACGAGAAGCCAUGGAACAAUAAAACAAACAAAAGCCUAUCUGGCCCGGAGCACUGCCGCGGCGGGCCCCGCCCCCAGCCGGCGCUCGUCCGCCAUUGGUCGCCUGCAGCCGCCCCCGACGCAGGGGCGCUUUUCGCAAUGGGGGCAAACGAGACGCAGCAUCCCUAUAAAGAUUUUACAUCGAUUAUGGGGGUAUGGGAGCAGGCCGUUUCGUUCUGGCCCGUGGGCGGUGGCGUUCGGUCCUCUCGCGCAGUCGCGAACAAUUAAAACGCGCGGGGCGGCCUGUGCGCGGCGACGGCAACGUCACUAUAAUGUGGUUAGUCAGUGAGCGUCGGGGCCGGGCCGACGGCGACGGCACGCAGCACGACGCCCGCAGCUCGCUCGGAGAGCGCUGGUCGAUCAGCCCGCGAGCCGGCCACAGCACGGUGGAGUUCAAGAGUGCGGCGUGCGCGGCGGCCGGGGAGCCGCCCGCGCCGCCUUUGUCAGCGCUGCCGGACCCGCAGCAGUUCAACAUCUUCCCCGCCUUCUUCAGCAGGCAGCUCAACUUUACUGGUGGAGGCGGAUGCGGCCAAGGGUCGAAGAUCAUGGAGGAGUUGCGGCCGAACCUGGUCGGAGGGUUGCUCGGAGUCGGGGGGUUGUUGGAUGAGCACGGGGCGGACGCCAAGUUCCUGCCAGGGGGGGAGAGCAAGUACACACCGGACAAGGGCCGCAAGUGCAGCAACGCGUCGAGCUCGUCGGCGGAGGAGUUCGGCGCGCUGUACGGCGGUGAGCACGCGGCCACGCCGCCCGCGCCGCCGCUCAGCCGCUCGCUACAGGAUCAUACACCUGAAGGCGCUUUCAAAAAGUUAAAACCGGAGCCCGGCGGGAACAAUGGCACGUCAGGAGCGACGUCGGCACUAUCUCCCGCGUUGGGACCCCAACACGCGGGGCACACCCCUACGACGGCGUCGUGUCCUACGCCCGCAAGGAGGCGGCAUCGAACAACAUUUACACAGGAACAAUUAGCAGAAUUAGAAGCAGCAUUCGCGAAAUCACACUACCCAGAUAUUUACUGUAGAGAAGAGCUCGCGCGGACCACGAAGCUGAAUGAAGCGAGGAUACAGGUCUGGUUUCAAAAUCGGCGUGCCAAAUACCGCAAACAAGAGAAGCAACUACAGAAGGCGCUAGCGCCGGCGGUACUACCUGGCUGCAACGGUAUGAUGCGCAACAUUCAGGGCUACCGGGGCUACCAGCCCUACCCGCACCCCAACACCAUCAACCGGUAUCCACAGCACCACGGGAGCUACGAGGAGCUACAAAAGGACAUCUUCUCGCUCUCACAAAUGGGCGGGGGCUCGUACCCCAUGACCCAGGGCUUCUCCAUGGGCCACGGGGCCAACAUGAGCGCCGUCGGCAUGAGGCAAGAUGCCAUGGGCAUGAGCGCAGAAGACGAAUGGUACAACAAGUCGCUAUCGGCCCUGCGGAUGAACAGCGGGCACCACGCGAACCUGGCCGCAGCGCCCAUGCUGCAGUACCAGACCUAAUCGUUGCUCCACGGCGCCGACUAUUCGGCGUCGGCGUCGCCGUACGCGCCUCCUUAGCCUAAAAGGUGAAGCUACGAUAGACGCGACAGUGGCGUUGCGAUUCAACCGC